UUUCGCCCUCUAUCUGAAGAGGCAACUGUUGACCUGCAAGCUGCUUACAGAAUUAUCAUUUGUUGAAAGUUAGAUGACAUAUUAUGCCCUUGUUGUAGUGGGGUUGAGGUGAAAACUCAGGUCAGACUCUACUAGGCUACGAUUUUGUGGCAUAAAAACGCCCUUCCAUUGAUCGGAAGUUUUCAUUCCUUCUGGGCUGCUCAGUGCUGACACACAUUGGCACAAGGAAGAAACACGACAAUGUCUGGAAAAUUGGCCAUCAUAGGAGCCGGGUCGUCUGGCGUCACGGCAACGAAGACUUUUCUGGAAGCAGGGUUCACUGACAUCACGUGCUUUGAGCGACGCGACGUCUUGGGAGGCUUAUGGCAUUUCAUCGAGAGGGUGUACCUGAGCACCCGUCGAGGAGCCUGGGUCCUGAACAGAUUGACGGCUAAUGGGAUGCCCUGGGACGUGGACUAUCACUGCAGGAGGAGGGCAAUGAUAGCCCCGUGGUUGCCUGUGUCUUAUAAGCACAAAAAGAUCAAGCAGCAGCUGACUGAGCGCUUUGACCACGACUUCUACGGCAUGACUCCCGACCACCCACCCGGCUCCACUCACCCAACCGUGAACGACGAGCUGCCCAACAGGAUCGCAGCCGGGAUGAUCAAGGUCAAAUCCAACGUCCGAAGCUUUUCUGAAAAGGGUGUGACGUUUGAUGAUGGGACGUAUCAUGAUGUUGAACUUGUCGUCCUAUGUACCGGCUACAAGAUCGAAUAUCCCUUCAUCGGAGAACUCAAGCUUCCCUCAGCCUCUGAGAUGAAGAGAGAAAUUGACGAUGCCUACAAAGCUAUGCGUAAGCGUUACGUGGACACAGCCCGGCACACCAUACAGGUUGACUGGUUGCCCUUCAUGGACGAACUUGCUGAAAUGGUGGGAUGUAAGCCGAACCUAUUGAAGUACCUUUUCACCGACCCUCGCCUGUUCUGGGCCCUGUUCAACGGACCCGGCGUGCCGUACCAGUACCGUCUGGAGGGACCUGACGCUUGGCCAGGCGCCAGACACGCAAUCCUCACAACG